UUUCUUUUCUUCCACAGAAACAUUCCUUCCAUCAAAGGCCAGUAAAUACAUUGUGUCCAAUAUCUGGCCGUCAGGAUAUGUGGUUUGUUUUGGGGUUUUUCCUGCUUUCUAGUAAAUCUUAUCUCAUGGAGAAAUGUAAAAGUUUUAGGUGAGAAGAAAAAUAAAUUCUUAAAAUAUUAUGGUAUGAGUGAGAAAGCAACAACAACUUCAAUGGGCCAAUAAUAGCUCUUUGGAAGAGCAAAGCAAGCUUCAUGUAGUCAGUCCCAAUGCUUUUCUUUCUUCUCUACCAAGAGGUCUAGCUUUUUUAGCCACUUCCGAAGUUCCACUCUUCCCCCCUUUUUCUUAUCCAUAUAUACAUUUCAUUACAUCAAAAAGCGACUGAGGAAAAACAAGAUGUCUGACUAUUUGCCACAAGAAGUCAUCCUGGAAAUCCUUAGAAGACUCCCUGUCAAGUCCCUGGUGAAAUGCAGAUCAGUUUGCAAAGCCUGGAACAGCCUCAUCAAGAGCCCAUCUUUCAUCUCGAGCCAUUUACAAACAGCACUUUCGAAACCCAACGAUCACCUCCUCCUUCUCAGGCUUUUCGAGAAUGACAAAGAAAGCUACUUUUUACAUUUUGACAAUGAUGACUUUGAUGAGUACAAGCAGCUUCACUUCCCUUUCAAGAGUAAUUCGCCUUGGUUUAGAUUGGUUGGUUCAUGUAAUGGGUUAGUUUGUCUUCAAGAUGGCUUUUUCCCACUAGAUUCUGUUGAAUUAAUUCUAUGGAAUCCUUCCAUUCAAAAGUACAUUACUUUGCCCAAGCCCGGUGUCACCUGCUUGAGUGGGAGGGCUUAUAAUUCAACUUUAGGAUUUGGGUUUGAUUCAAGAACCAAUGAUUACAAGCUACUUAACGUUGUGAGCAUGUCAGUUGGCGAGGAAGCUGAAACUUUGACUGAAGUGUAUUUGUUUUCACUUGAUGGAAAUUCUUGGAAGAGGGUUACUGCUAUUUCUCCGAAGUAUGGUAUUGAAGGGCAUGAGUUCUCGGCCUUUGUGAAUGGGGCUGUGCAUUGGCUGGGAUAUCAGAGAGGAAAGGAUGGUGGAUUCAGGAAUAUGGUUUUGGGUUUUGAUAUAAGCACUGAGAAAUUUAAUGUGAUAAGGUUGCCAGAGAGUUUAGUUGAUUUGUGUCCUAUGGAUUUGUCCAUUAUGAAAUAUGAGGAAUCUUCCAUUGCAGUGCUUAAGAGAGAUUGGGAAGAUGGUGAGCAGCUUGACAUGUGGGUCAUGAAGGAGUAUGGUGUAAAUGAGUCAUGGAAUAAGGUGUUACAUUUGACUGACCAAAGUGGAGAGUCACUGCCAAGGGUAUUGGGGUUUAGGAAGAAUAGGGAAGUUUUAUUGGAAGUGGAUGGUGGAGAGCUGGCUUCACUGGAUUUGAACUGCCGACAAAUGGAGAAUCUUGGAAUUGAGGCAGAGGCAGGGCUUUUAUUUGUUGGUAGUUAUGUGGAGAGCUUGGCAUUACUUGACAAAGGGAUAGAUACUGGCAGUCUGAAUGAUGCAAAUCAUGUUAAUGAUUCAAGUGAUUCUGAUGCAUCUAAUGAGGGAGAAAGUGAAAUGACAUAGGAUUGGGCCAUAAGGAACCAUGUGGAUAUGUGUGCCACUAAAGCAUAAAGCUGUCUUUCUUGUGCAGCUGCAGACCUUCUAUAUGGUGUUGCAUUUUGUCUGUCUGCACUGCUUGUUUUUAUUUAGUUAGAAUAGGCUCAUAGUUAUACUGAAUCACCCUUAGGCUGUUUUUGUACUGACAUUAACAAUAUAUGCCAUGUGAAAAGUUGGCCUUGCUAAUCCCGAACAGUCUAAUUGUAGUACUUUUAGCAUUCUUAGAAUUUGAAUUAAAGAGGAAAUUUGGUGUGUGUUUGGUUAUAUUUUAAUCAUGUUGUUUGAAUGCAAGGAAAGCACAUUGUAUCUGAUGGCUUUGCUUAAAAUAGGCUGGAUGCUGCUCAAUUGCGAUUUCAUUUUGAGACAGGCUUGACAAUGCCAGCACGUCCUGAGAACCAGUAGUGAUGAAAGUCACAAAGAUGCUGCUUCGUUGUAGUGAUUAUGUUUAAGCUUGAUUCUCGAAUUUGUAUAACGCACCAUGAUUGUGCUUAUGAUGUGUCGAUAUUUUGUUUGUGAAUAGUCAUUCAAACACAGUGAUGAAUUAUAAUUCUUAGACAGUAUCAGUGAUGAUGCUUUUGAA